AUGAAACAAGCAGAAUCACUUGUCUGUGUCCAUGGCAUGGAACGCAACCUCCGGCUGUGCGAUCACUCCCUCGGGGCGGCUGUUGCCACAUUUGUAGGGGAGCUGGCCAAGAAGGGGUGUAUUUUCACAACCUUUCUGUUCAAUCCUCCCUACAUCUUGAAUCGAAGAUCAAAAGAUGGAUUUCUACACAAACUCGACAAUAUCAUGGAGGUAGUAGGGGACCUGAUUGGUGGGCUCAUUGCUGGUAAGUUUGGCCGUGUCGGCGCUGAUCUGGCAGCUGUUGCACAGAGACUCCGUGACAUGGACAAGGAGAAGAAGAAACAGCCGCAACAAUUUGACAAUAUGAAGGCCCGUGAUCAGGCCGCUCAUGCAAAGAUUCUCCAUGACAAGGAGAAGCUAGACCAGCUGCAACAAUUUGAAAAUCUGAACAAGUGGGAUCCUCGUGUAUACGUGAACCCGAAGGACUUGCUUUGUACGCGUUACAUAAAGUACUUCAAGAAAAAGAUGAAAGGGUCUCCGAAUAAACUGCCCAAAAGGAUGGCAUCAGCCACUCUUGUUAUCGUUUGGGAUACACCAGGAGACAGAUUCCGACGCUUCAAAGAGGCACAUUCCAUCAUGCAAUGGUUCGAUAAACCAGGAGACUCAUACCGACGCUUCAAAGAGGCACAUUCCAUCAUGCAAUGGUGGAAGCCGGGCCUUCGGGUGGAGGCCAAGCGUCAUGUGAUGGCCUGA